GACGGAUCGUUUCCUUUUCAAAUGCGUUGAUUUUUUUCUGAAGAAGUCUCAAUUUUUUUUCCUUCAGAUUGAAGAUCGAUCGAUCAUCAUUUUCUCCACCAAACUGGAACUCAACCCAUAAAGAUUGAGGAGAAAACGAUCUUUAUAAUCGAUCGAAAUCAAAUCAUAGAUACAGAGCUGUUGGUGUAUAUAUUAUACGCAUAAAGAUCAAUUCAGUCUACAGGUAGAAACGAAUUUCGAAAAUUUGUGUAAAUCAGGUUAGAAAAAGUGAUGGCGGUAGGCGGCGUUGGUGUUGCCGGCGAAGAAGCACGGAGGGCACAUGCAGCGAUGACAAUGGUACAACUUUUCGCUGGAGGAUCCCAUGUGAUCACCAAAGUAGCUCUAAAUUUUGGAGUUAGCCGGCUUGUUUUCUGUGUGUAUCGUGACGUCCUUGCCCUCUUAAUCCUUGCUCCCAUCGCCUACUUCCGUGAAAAGAGAACCAGACCACCUAUAACUAAGCGUUUCCUCUUGUCAUUCUUCUUCCUUGGGUUAACCGGGAUAUUUGGGAACCAGCUUUUGUUUCUUUUUGGUCUUGGCUACACAACUCCAACAUAUGCUGCAGCUGUACAACCAUCAAUCCCUGUCUUUACUUUUAUAUUCGCUACAAUUAUGGGUACAGAAACGGUGAAUUUACUCAGAACUGAAGGUCAGGCUAAGGUUGGAGGUACAUUUGUUUGCGUUUGUGGUGCCAUCUUCAUGGUUAUGUUUCGAGGACCAGUUUUAUUCGGGAAUUCUGAAAAUGACCUUGGGACACAUAACGAAAUUAGUGCAAGGGGUCAACCAGAGCCUGCUGGAUGGCUGUUAUCUAUAUUUAUUGGUCUCGGGUUUGACAACUGGCACCUUGGUGUCCUAUGCUUAAUAGGGAACUGCAUGUGCAUGGCAGCCUUUCUAGCUAUUCAGGCUCCAGUAUUGGCCAGGUAUCCUGCAAGCCUGUCAGUUACAGCAUACUCGUACCUUUUCGGUGUCAUUUUUCUGGUAUCAACAGCAUUCUUGAUGAACAACGAGUCAACAGACUGGAGCUUGACAGAAUCUGAGUUUUGGGCAGUACUUUAUGCUGGAACCAUUUCAUCUGCGUUAAAUUAUGGACUUUUGACAUGGUCCAACAAGAUCCUUGGACCUGCUUUGGUUGCACUUUAUAAUCCACUCCAACCUGCGGCAUCUGCUUUUUUGUCAAGAAUUUUCCUCGGAAGCCCAAUAUAUAUGGGAAGCAUUGUAGGAGGAUUCUUGAUCAUAUCAGGGCUUUAUCUGGUGACUUGGGCAACAUAUCGUGAAAAACAACAGGCGGCUUUGGGUGGUCGCCAUCCUCGGGCAUCAGAGUCACCGUUGAUAGGUCACAUUCUCUCUGGAACUCCAACCUCGUUACCAAAGAUCAUGGAUUGAAUCAGGUGCAAAAUCUUGAUUUCUUACUCAAAUUAUUGGUUCUAGGACUAGUACGAAAAAUACCCGAGUAGGAAUUUUCAUCUUUAGGAUUAUACAAAUUGUUGAACGUGAUGUAUAUCUUCAUUCACGUCGACGCUAACCAUACAUUAUAUCUUCCUUUAAAAUCAUGAGACGGGUACUUUUGUUAUAUUACAUUAUUGCCUUCGACAUUUUAACGUUGUCUAAAUCAAUUCAGUCAGACUUUUUGGUUUUCAAAUACGUCUGUAAUAUGUUGUAUAUUUGUUAA